AAGUCGCUGGUGCUGUGCUCGCUGGGGUCUGUUCUCGGGCCUGAGCCUCGAGGCCAGGCUCCCGGGUGUCGUUAAUGUUCGGGGCCGCCGGGCGCCAACCGAUCGGAGCUCCAGCCGCCGGGAACAGCUGGCAUUUCAGUCGAACCAUGGAAGAAUUGGUUCACGAUCUUGUCUCAGCAUUGGAGGAGAGCUCAGAGCAAGCCCGAGGUGGAUUUGCUGAAACAGGAGACCAUUCUCGAAGUAUAUCUUGCCCUCUGAAACGCCAGGCAAGGAAAAGGAGAGGGAGAAAACGGAGAUCGUAUAAUGUUCAUCACCCAUGGGAGACUGGUCACUGCUUAAGUGAAGGCUCUGAUUCUAGCUUAGAAGAACCAAGCAAGGACUAUAGAGAGAACCACAAUAAUAAUAAAAAAGAUCAUAGUGACUCUGAUGACCAAAUGUUAGUGGCAAAACGCAGGCCGUCAUCAAACUUAAAUAAUAAUGUUCGAGGGAAAAGACCUCUAUGGCAUGAGUCUGAUUUUGCUGUGGACAACCUUGGCAACAGAACUCUGCGCAGGAGGAGAAAGGUAAAAAGAAUGGCAGUAGAUCUCCCCCAGGACAUAUCUAACAAACGGACAAUGACCCAGCCCCCAGAAGGUUGUAGAGAUCAGGACAUGGACAAUGAUAGAGCUUACCAAUAUCAAGAGUUCACCAAGAGCAAAGUCAAAAAAAGGAAAUUAAAAAUCAUUAGACAAGGACCAAAGAUCCAAGAUGAAGGGGUAGUUUUAGAAAAUGAGGAAAUAAGCCAGACCAAUAAGGACAAAAUGGAAUAUGAAGAGCAGAAAGUCUCAGAUGAACUCAUGAGUGAAAGUGAUUCCAGCAGUCUCAGCAGCACUGAUGCUGGUUUGUUUACCAAUGAUGAGGGACGACAAGGUGAUGAUGAGCAGAGUGACUGGUUUUAUGAAAAGGAAUCAGGCGGCGCGUGUGGCAUCACUGGAGUCGUGCCCUGGUGGGAAAAGGAAGAUCCUACCGAGCUCGACAAAAAUUUACCAGAUCCUGUCUUUGAAAGUAUCUUAACUGGUUCUUUCCCCCUUAUGUCACAUCCGGGAAGAAGAGGUUUCCAAGCUAGACUCAGUCGCCUUCAUGGAAUGCCUUCCAAGAAUAGUAAAAAAUCUGGAGGGACCCCAACUUCAAUGGUGACCACUCCUGGGCCCGUCAGUAACAAGAGGAUGGUUCACUUUUCCCCGGAUUCUCAUCACCACGAACAUUGGUUUAGCCCUGGGGCUAGGACAGAGCAUGGCCAGCAUCAGCUUCUGAGAGAUAACCGCGCUGAAAGAGGUCACAAGAAAAACUGUUCUGUGAAAACAGCCAGCAGGCAAACAAGCAUGCAUCUAGGAUCCUUAUGCACGGGAGAUAUCAAACGGAGACGAAAAGCUGCACCUUUGCCUGGACCUACUACAGCAGGAAUUGUGGGAGAAAACGCCCAGCCAAUCCUAGAAAACAACAUUGGAAACCGAAUGCUCCAGAACAUGGGCUGGACACCUGGGUCAGGCCUUGGACGAGAUGGCAAGGGGAUCGCUGAGCCAAUUCAAGCCAUGCAGAGGCCGAAAGGAUUAGGACUUGGAUUUCCUCUAUCGAAAAGCACUCCCUCAGCUACAACCCCCAGUUCAGGAAAAUCCGCCUAAGAAGAAAAGCAAGGAAGAAAUAUUUUACAAUUUUUAUUUGCUGUAUAUAUCCCAUUGUUCUAAGAUUACACCAUAGCUUCUCUUUUUGAAGCAGAAAUCUACAUUGCCUCCAUCUCGUCACCCUAGCUCCCUAACUGCAUACAGUCCUGCCUGCCAUAGUGACAGAAAUGGGAUUUCAUCACAAUUCAUGGUGCUAAAGUGAAAACCGUUACCUUUUCAAAUUUUUCAGCAAUUUUCAGCUAUUUCUAGGUAUAAAGAACAGCUCAUCUCUCUUAUUUAUUUUGAUCUCAGAUGUCGGUAAUUUCUAAUGCUUUAGCUUGAUUCAUUCAUCGGUGUGUGCUAUGCCCAGGCAAAUGUGAGCGCACCAAUAGGCCUCUAUUCUAAAAGAAAUGCGAUAGGCCGGAAAGGAUUGUGUUUCAUAUCAUCCCUAUCUAUUAUAACUCCCAAGACCUAUCAUGACAUCAGUGAAGUCCUGAGCACAUCUUUGUUUGAAAGGCUUGCCAAUUUCAUAUUCUUUGAUUUUGGCUUUUUUGUGAGGAUACUCUAAGGGGUGAUACCCGUUAAUCUUCUAUCCUUGGACGAUGUAGUAUGAAGUUCACAAUUGAUAAACAGCAAUUAAUGUUUCCCUCUGACAUUUUGACAAAAAUAAACCUCAUCAUUGUCACCAGAGUGCCCUCAACGUUACUUUAAUGCAGAUUUUACAGAUUUUACCUCAUUUAGAACAUAAAGUAAUUAUUGAAAGAAAAAUGUAUUUUUUAAAUUCACCAUGACUGAACUAUAAAUUCUGUUAAUCUAGACUCACUUCUACCUCUCUCUUCCCAAAGGUUGAUAUUUUUUUAAGAUCAACUCAACUGUAGUAAACUCAUUUUAAAUUUUAACCAUCGUAGUAAGUUAUUAGAGUAUUGAAUCAAUUUAUUUGAAGAUUUAAAUGGCUCUCCCAAGAAUUCACAUUUCUGGCAAUGAUCCAACCCAUUUACAAGGUGAACGAGAAAAUGAAUGGUAAUGAUUUGCCCUUUUUAACAUCUAAGUAGUUACUUUAAAACCAAGCAAAACAAGUCAUUUUUACUGUGUGCCUAGUGUUGUUAUUUCUGAAUCAUCUGCCUCAUAAUGUCAGAGAUUCUAGAUUGCUCUUAGUUUAGAUGUUGAUUUCUUAUCUUUAGUAUUAAGGUCUAGUAACAAUAGUCUAUUUAUAAUGGCCUUUAUUGGUUGAGUAAAGGCCAAGAUAACACAUGUGAAUUACCUUUCAAAUGGGUUUUUUUAAGGCUUUAUUUUUUUAGAGCAUUUUUAGGUCCAAAAUUAAGGGGAAGGUACAGAAAUUUCCCAUAUACUCCCUGCCAACACACGUGCACAGUCUCCCCCGCUAUCAACAUCCCCCACCAGAGUGGUAUGUUUGUUACAAUUGAUGAACCUACGUUGACAGGUCAUAAUCACCCAAAGUCCACAGUUUACAUUACAGUUCACUCUUGGUGGUGUACAUUCUAUGGGCUUGGACAAAUGUAUAAUGAUGUAUGCACCGUUAUAGGAUCAUACGGAGUAGUUUUGCUGCCCUAAAAUUCCUUUGUGCUCCACUUGAAAAUUUAUAAAUCCCCAAGGGUUUUUUAAAGGGGAGAAAGGUUUGUGCACGUAAUAGACCUUUCCUGUGUGAUCCCCUAAAAAUAAUAAUGCCAAUUAAGGAGAGGAAGGUCAGCCUGCUAAUUGAAAGCCGUGAUGGUUUGCCAAAUGUACAUGUUUCUAUUAAGAAUUGUCUUCUUUCUUGGGGGAUUGCAGUCAAGAGGACAGGUUGGUUAGGGGACUAGAGGCUAUCAGGUGAGUUGCUCUUUGGAAGCAUUCUUAUUGGAUAAAGUAACCCUGUUGUAUGAUUAUUUUCUACAAGUUUGUUACUUAGAAAUUUGCCAUUUUUAAAAAAUGCUUUUUGUUAAAUACUCAUUCUGUCUAUGUAAGGGGAAAAAACUGGGGGAGAUUGUCUAUAUACUGGUUUAAAACUUCUUUCUGGGAGUAUAGAGUGCUCUAGGGUCUAUUCAAAAGAUUCUUUUUUAAUUCCAUUGCCUGAAAAUCUUCUAAAAUUAUCGAAUUUUGAAAAGCCAAAUUUGGAACCACUGCUAACACGCAAUACGGUCAUUGGGAGACUCGUCCCAAACUCCUGAGGACUUGACGGUUCUUUUUCAUUUCACCCUCUUCUAACUCUCACAGUGAGGAAGAGGAGAACUUAUACCAACUGGAAUGGGUGACUCCUUAAUUAAAUAUUGCCGUCUUUAUGAAUACUUUUUUGGUUUUUUUUUUUUUUUUUUUUUUUUGUGGUAGAUUAGCCCUGAGCUAACAAUCUUCCUCUUCUAUGUUUUUGGUUGAGAAAGAUUAGCCCUGAGCUAACAUCUGUACCAGUCUUCCUCUAUUUUGUAUGUGAGUCGCCACCUCAGCAUGGCUGACGAGUGGUGUAUGUCCGUGCCCUGGAUCCAAACCCC